CUGCCGGACAGAGGAGCGACGAAGGCGGCGAACUUUGUGCUCGAGGAGAAGGUUUUGACGGAGCUUGAGGCGGAGAUGAAGAUGGCGGAUCAGGAGGAUUCGCCGAAGAUGCGAGUCGCGCGGACGCAGCGAUCUGCUCCAUUCGGAGGGACGGUGGUGGGGUCGGGGAAGCCGGCGAUGAGGUUGGAACCGCCGGAGGACGAAUUGAAGAGGCGACUGCCUGAGAAGGGUUCGAAGAUGAAGGAGGGCGGCGACUGCGUCUCUCCUCUCGUGAGCUCUAGGUCGGCCACCUUGGGCCAAUCAACCCAUCAACAAGAGCUUUUACAUUUGGGCCGGGAUGUGGUUCUGUUUGCUGGGUCCCCUUUGGGCCGAGACUUUCAGGCCGUCUUAUUAGAUGGGAAAGAGCGAGUGAGCCGAGAGCCAGCAUUCGCUGGGCUCGUUCAAGAAUGGCUGAAUCAGCAAGGCCAAUCGUCCCUGCGAUAAGAAAUCUCUACUGAGACCAGUGC